AACACUCUCUUCAACAGCGGGGCUACUUCUUCUCUUCCUGUUUUACUUCAAUACUGUGUGUGUGCUGCCGGUGGUGAUAAUACUGUUUUACGAACGCUGAUUGCUGCCCACUCCACACUCUGAGACCCUGCCUGGAGCACACCAUCCUCUGGUGCGCCCACGCCUUUAGUCUUCACCACGGACUCUAGUCUGGCCCCAUACCCAGGGUCCCCCGGUCCCGCCCUCACCACAGGCAACAUGGCCACCAUAGAAAACAAGUCCCUGUCCACCGAAGGACCCUCAGCCUCCCUUUCAAUGAGACUAUUAAUGCAAGGAAAGGAAGUGGGCAGUAUCAUCGGCAAGAAGGGAGAGAUUGUCAAGCGGUUCAGAGAAGAAUCUGGCGCGAAGAUCAACAUCAGCGAUGGCUCGUGCCCGGAGAGGAUCGUCACCGUCACCGGCAACACGGAUUCCAUCUUCACAGCCUUCAAACUCAUAUGUGCCAAGUUCGAAGAGUUCCUUGGUCAGAUGUACCAGAACAACGGCAGCGCAGGAGGCGGCGGUGGCCAGCAGAGGCCCCCCAUCACCCUGCGGCUGAUCGUGCCCGCCUCGCAGUGCGGUUCGCUCAUCGGCAAGGGCGGCUCCAAGAUUAAGGAGAUCCGCGAGGUGACUGGCGCCUCCAUCCAGGUCGCGUCCGAGAUGCUGCCCAACUCCACGGAGCGCGCAGUCACCGUCUCGGGUACGUCCGAGGCCAUCACGCAGUGCAUCUACAACAUCUGCUGCGUUAUGCUAGAGUCCCCUCCCAAAGGCGCCACGAUCCCUUACCGCCCCAAACCCCAGGUGGCCGGGGGUCCGGUGAUCCUUGCCGGCGGCCAGGCCUAUACUAUCCAGGGUAAUUAUGCAGUGCCCUCAGCGCCCGAUGUAAGUACCGUUCCCUUUGUUCCCCCACCACCACCUGGGGGGCCCCCCGGCCCCGGCCCCUUCAUGGCGGCCCCCCUAAGCCCCCUCCUGGCCCCAUGUCCCGUCUCCACGGCGCCCUCCCCAGGCCCCCCACACCACGGCGCCAUCAUGACGCCCGCGGGCCACCACCCGUGCCAUGCGGGCCACUUGCAGAUCUCGACCCCGGGCCACCCGCCGGGCCAUCCCCCGGGCCACCCACCCGAACACUUGAAGAACGGCCAUAUCAGCGUAAUGGCACAACCACAACUGCAGCAUCUCCAGGAUAUGUCCAAGCUUGGUAACUCUCCCUUAGCGGGUCUUCUGGGCCUAGGAAACCUCGCAGGCGCCAACCCUGUCAACCCUACCGGCAACACAGCUGAUGCCUUGGCGGCCCUCGCUGGCUCGCAGCUGAGGACCCCCGCAGGAUCGGGUCCCGGCUCACAGACUCACGAGAUGACGGUGCCCAACGAGCUCAUAGGCUGCAUCAUCGGCAAGGGAGGCACGAAGAUCGCCGAGAUCAGGCAAAUCACAGGCGCCAUGAUCACCAUUAGCAAAUAUGAUGACGGUUCAGAAGACGCAAGCAAGCAAGACCGAACCAUCACUAUCAAGGGUAACGCUGACCAGGUGGCUCUCGCGCAGUACCUCAUCAACACCAGCAUGGAACUGCACAAGGCGCAGCUUGAAGUAAGUAAGGGCGGGUCGACCGGGUCGGGUGGGCUGAGCCCCAGUGCCAUCCCCCUGGCCCAGCUGCUCAAGAACCCGCAAGCCCUGAACGCCUUGUCCUCCCUGACCGGCCUGCAGGGCCUGUCCUCCCUCACCUCCCUGCUCGCCCCAGACUCCUCCCAGGGCCUGGCCGGUAUUGCGGCUGCCCACAGGCACAACAAGGCCUACCAACCCAAGCUCCGCGCCCAAGCCUCCGCCCACCAGCCCACUAAUGGCACCCCCAAGGAGAACAAGCGCAGCAAGUUCGCACCCUACUAGACCUGAUCCUCUCCCAGGGGGCCCCGCUCCUCUCCGGGCGCAGAGCGUCCUCAUCCUCCACUCCUGAUGAACCCCGUGGCGCCCCAACAUACAUGGGGACUCAGUUUUCCCGCGUGUCGGCGCCCCCUCACCCCGGCGGCACCGCGCCCACCCUCGCCGCCCGCUGCUACCGGCGGCGGGAGCGGGCCACCCUCAUGUGCCGCUGGGGUCAGAGAGCGUCACACUUUUCAGAUCUGAGUAGGAACAGCCCUCGGCACACGAGGCGCCCACGCUCGCAGCGCUCGCUCACCCCGCUAGCAGGCAGGGACGCGAGCCAUGCGAGGUGGGUGCGGGCGCAUGGCGAGGGCUGUGCGUGUUGGUGUCAGAUGGUCACUGUCACUAGGCCAGCAGCUGCUUGUUAUACAAGGUGGUCUCCGCUGUUCAGUCCAGCCCAGACCACCUGCCACCUCUCAACUAAACAUAUCAGUUAGGACAAUUGAUUCUUUGUUUCCUGUUGUUUUUUAUAACGGCAUCAAGCAGAAGAAGCUGAAAGCAAGUUUGCAUUGUCACAAGUUUCCUAGAGUUCUCUGUAAACGUCAUGCAUGGUUACUGUGUUUGUUAGUCAUGGUUCAUCUGGUGACAGUCUCAGAUUCACACGUUUUAACAAUUA